AUGAGUACACAACAACGAGAGGAUUUGGUGGAGGAAUUUAAAAAGAUAGCUGAUCGUUUGAAGAAGCGAAUGUUUAGAAAAGUUCCAUAUGACCAAAUUUCGGAACAGUAUGCAAAUCUAUCUCUUCAUUUGCAAAGAAAUGGACAAAAGCAUUAUACAGCCAUCUCCAUGUUAUGUGCAGCCAAUGCUGAGAAGAUGAACAAAACUCCAUUGAACGCAGCCUUCUUUUAUGUCUAUUCUGGUAGAAUUUUCUCAGAUCAGGCUUGCUCUGAAAAAUUGAUACAAUAUUAUACAGGAGAAGAAUUUAUUUCUGAAGCUAUCGAUGCAUUCCGAGAAGCCAUAGAAAUUUAUGAUUCCAAGCAAAUAUUUUCAAUGUGUGCCUCAUUAUGCUAUGAAUUGGCUCAAACACUGAAAGUUUUGGGAAAAUUUAGUGAGAGUUCUCACUACUAUACAAAAUGUUUCUUUUAUUCAGUGAAGCAAGGUAAAUUAGGAGAAGUAGACCUUGAUUCAACUUUUGUGGAUAAUUCCAAUAAUUUGUCACUCAAUAGAGACACAUCACACUCCAUGGAGUUGAACUCUCUUCAGAAUGCUAUUGACUGUUUAUUGGAAAUUAAGGAUUUUGAAAUGGCUGUACUGCGAUUAAAAAUAUACGUCAACAUUUUGGAGGAACGAAUUGAUUACUUUUCAAAUUCUGAUACCACAGAACACAAUGUAAAGCUUAUGGAAUGGAGGCCUAUUUACAAGAUAUUCAUUAGGCAAUGGAUGGAUGCUCAAAUAACAUUGCUAAUUGUACUUUUAUUACAAAAAAGAAAGGAAGAGGCCUCAGAGGUGUUUGAAAACUUAAAUAGUGGAGAGGAAAAUAGUUGGAUUGCAAGCGAAUUUCCAUUCUUCUAUGAAAAUGUUUUACCACUAUUUGCUGCCUUAAUUGAGAAUUGUACGGAUGACAAUAUUGAUGGAAUUGAACAACUGUUAUCUCAAGAGUUACAAUUUUGUGUGACAGACCAACAACAAUCUCUGCUGGAAAUAUUGAGAAGCGCCUACGAAAAUCCUUUAUUUAUGGAUAUUUUAUUAAAAAAGGAAGGUGCUGAAGAGAAAUAA